GUCAAAUAUAAUGCACAGCCCAACCCCACCCGUCGAAGUACCCCAAGCGAAGAAAAGUAGAUACCUUCACCUCGUUUGCAAAACCUAAAGUCUAUACCCACAAGAUGUCUCGGAUCGCCGUUCUUCUCAUUGCCGUCCUCACCCCGCCAGCCUACGCCCAGCCGCCGCCAAAACCCGGAGGCAAAGCGGGUGGCGCCAGCUCCCAGAAUGCGCACGUGACCAUGUGGGGCGACUACGCGAACUGCACCGCGCCGCCGAUGGGGUUCUGCGCCGACUACGCCAUUACCGAUGCGCAGGUUGUCGCUUCCCUGUCCGGUUUCACGACCCACAACUCCGGUGUGCUGAACAACAGCACGGCGAAUUACUACGGUUCCUGGUGGACCACCAACGUCGGCACGAACCAGCCAAUCGCGGCAACCUUUUGCACCAGCGGCGCCGGCGCGAGCCAAACGGCGGAGGCGAAAUCUUAUACCGGGGUCACGUUCACAACCGGAGCAACUGACUACACGUUAGCGGCGCAGGGGAUUGCCGCCAAGGACAUGGAGGACUACUGUUCCGCCGCGGGGUCACAUAACACCCCGCCGAUGAUUGGCACGACGUCCAGUAGCUACACGCAAGUGUUCUCGAAACAGCCCUCGACAAAGUCGCGGGAGAUAAUCACGAACAUGGUGGGUUGGGCGGUGGACGGCGUCGUGAUCUUCAGCCCCUAUACCGGAGUCGGAACGCUGGCGCCGUACGACGAGACGUUAGAUACGUGCGGGGGCCACCCGGCGAAUAACCGGUACCACUAUCACGGAUUUUCCCCCUGCUUACACGGCGAAUCCGGGACGUUGACCGGCGGUUCUAUUCCGCACUCGAAGAUUUACGGCUGGGCGUUUGACGGGUUCCCGAUCUACGGGCCCUAUGGGUAUACUGACGGAAACGACGUGUCAUCCAUUAUUGUUCGGAUCGACACCGGGUAUAAGUGUACGGUCAGCGGUUUGGCGUGCACCACGGACGCGCAGCGUGCGGUGGCCAGUAACUGGGCUUGUGAUGCAACGACAGACACAAAUACCGGGAGAGUGGACGAGUGCGGCGGGCGCUGGACAAAAACGCCCGAGUUCCCGAAUGGUAUGUACGUUUAUGUGCUAAAUGUGGACACCAACGGCAAGCCUGGGUUUCCUGGUGUGCCCUACUGCAAACACAUGAAGGCAACCGGGGUCAUGCAGUCGGCGGCAGGAGUUACAGCGGCGUCGUCGGACGCCUUCGCGACGGAGAAAAUGGCAAGUCUGGUGCUCAGCUUCUUUUUCGGCACCGUUCUGCUGUUGCAGUUGCUGUAGUUGUGUCCGCAGAUUCAUUUUCGCCUUCGCGAGGAGUAGGAACAGAAACGAGGAACGCCGUGGAAAAGAAAAGACCAAUGUAAAAUUGUGGAGCCUGUGUCUGCAUAUCAGUGCUUGCUAUGAAUCUUCUAUGCACAUGAAAAGAAAACUACAAUAACAGCCUCUUAGCGUGCAAAAUCGUCAAGGGGUUGUGGUUAAUCCGCAGGAAAAAAAUGUUUCUCAACAGACUAGUUUCCGGUCAAUCCGAUGCGUUUCACAUGUGUAAGUAGGCCUUUCUUGA